GUCUUUAUAUCUACGAUGGCUUAAUUUGUGGUAAUCUUCGUAUGCAUAUAUUUGUAUGUAUGCAUGCAUAUGUAUCAUAGUUAGAUUCGUAAAAACUUGAAUGAUAAAUACUGAAUUUCAUUCCAAGAACUUUCGAAAAGGGGUAUAUUCGUAUGAAAUCAAACGUAUUAUUAAAAAUGAUUUAAAAACGGGUAUUGUUAUUGAAAAUCCACGUAACCUGUGACUCAAUUCGUUCACAACAUUAAGAGAACACCACUACUACGAUAAGCUUAGAUUUUUUUAAAUCGGAUUGUGAUUAAAAUGAAUCUACGGAAAGCGUUUAAUAUACUAUCGUAUUCUAAGACGGUUUACUUGAUCCUGUUUAUAUCGUUCAGUAAUGCUGAAUUAGAUGCAAAAUACCCCGAUGGUACUUCUACUGAUAGCAGAAAAAAGUAUUCAUUGACAGCAAUUUGCGUAGAAAUAAAGCCCAGCAGUCCACAAGAAGAACCAUACCUAAUGUGUAAGAGAACAAAAUUUCCUUAUUUUCAAAAUACCAUAUAUGGAUUUAAGGUAGAUGAUAAAGCAGUUUCUGGAUCUAAUACAAAUCUCGAACCCGAUGUACAAAUACAGCCCUUCCGUUACUUUCAUAAUUACCAUUACGACAAGAAGCACGAUAUCGAUCGGUCUGGGUUGGAAAGUCAAAUUCAAAACAAGUCUUUGGUUCUAUUUAACCAAAAUAAACAAAUACAUGUUAGGCAUCUACAAAGUAGCCAAACGAAGUCAAAUAUUUCUGAUUUGGCGCCAAAGAUCCCAUAUGAUCUCCGGCUCCCGACAGCGACGCCAUCGCUAUACAGAAGGCUUCCACACAACAAUGCGAAUAAAAAUCCAUCCAGUUAUCCGAACUCAAACAAUAAAUACAUAGAAAAUAAUAACUCGAAACAAUCUGUAGAUAGUAGAAUUACACAAAAAGAAGGAUCUAUAAGACCAGAUCAACUGUUUCAACAAUCAACGAUUUCUUCGUUUGAAAGACCAAAAAGUAACUACGUCAAUUUCUUCGACUACCGAGAUUCUAAUAUUAAGCAGAAUGUGGUUCCUGUGGAAGCACAUUCAAGUCCUUACAUUAAAACGACCGUGCCUAAAUAUUUCCUGGAAGUAUUAGCAUCCAAUGACGACACAAAGCAGGAAAGUAGGCAAAGAGGUAUAUCCGAUGAUUGUUAUAGACAAGCUGUUAAUGAAAAUUCACGUAGAUUGUCCGAUUUGGGUCUGACUUUGCAAGAGCUCAAUUAUAUUCAGCCAUUGCCGGAAUUUAAUGGUAUGAAGCAAUUUCAUAUGGAGCCUCACAAAUUACCAUACGCGGAUGAUCCGGUCAUGCAACAAUUUUAUAAUUCACUGCAUUACUCUCCCUUGAUGACAACUAAACAUCGUCAUGCAUUUCUUGAAAACCCUAUUUGCGCUCCAUUGUCCAACCAUAUGAAUAAUAUCGAACCCCAGUAUUCAACAGAGCUGCAUUCAACUUGCAUACCAAAUACUCUUACACCAAUGCAAGGGGCAACAAUGAGUGGGCCUAAUCAAUUUCGAAAUGAAGAAAUAUCUGAGCCAAUAGAACCGUCAAAUAAUUAUUAUAAAACUUGUCUGCCAGAAACGAGACUCACGUUACAUCCUAUUCUUAUAGCGCCGCUUUGCUAUAACCGCCUAUUGGUACUUCCGUCACCGCUCAGUCUGAUGUCUUCCGAAAACCAAUAUUUUAAUCACCCAGAAACAACAGAAUUUGUUGCUUUACCUAACAGUCCACUAGGUAAUAUAUUCCGGACAAUAUUAUUUCCACAAUUUAACAUACUACCACGUUUAUGUGGGUUACUAGGUUCAACUCGACCAAAACAGCCUCGAAACUCAAAGACUUCAACAGGUAUGUCGCAACAGAAAACGCCACCAGUCAUACCCCAGAUAUCACCUCGUCAACAAAGCGAAGAUACCAGCGUAAUAGAUGAUAUGCAAACAACAGCUUUCAUUGAGCCCACCACCACUACCCGUCCAGUAGAAGUAGUUGUUUCGACAACGCUUAAAUCAAUUGAGGCCGUAGAAGAAUCUGUCAAGGAAAGCACCACUUCUCAGGAAAGUCAGAUUGGAAAUCUUACAACAAGGAUGCCAAUAGUAACAAUGAAAACAAAUGACACAAAAACUGACUUACAAACAAAAGACACUGGGGAGGAAUCGAUAAAAAAAGUUAAAACUUUGCUUGCAAAAGUACGUCACUUUCAAUUGAGGAAUAAAUCUAAUUAAAAUUCAAACUUUAAUAAUCUCCGUGAAAUAAAUAAUAACAAUCAAAAGCCGAACAAACCUUAGAGAAAGCUAUUUCUGUAAAAACGUGUAUGUAUGUACAUGCAUACCUGUGUACUUAUGUAAUUAAAAAAGUAUGUUUAAUACAGUGAUGCUAAAAAAGUA